GCUCUGCACAUUUGUUGACUGGGAAGAAAAAUCAUAUUUUCACGUCAUGUUCAUGCAUUGUUUUUUAAUUGUAAAGUUACUUAAUUAUUUUGUAUAGGGUUAGACGAAACAUCUUAUAGUUGUGAGUAUGAUAACAAUACGACAGCUCAUAAAAAUGAAGAUGAAACCAUGCAUUGGUGUUCACAGGAACCUUGCUUGUUUGCAGCGUGCUGUGGGUGGAGUUCGGUGGAAGAGCAGCUUUAGACAAGCCCCCGUACUAACAGCUGCUCCUGUUCGUGCCCUCAUGGAUGAACAAAUCAGCAUUAAAGGAUCUUUCCUGCCCCCAGAGUGUCCCGUCACAGUGUGUGCACAAAUGCACAGUGAUGAGGGUGAUCUAUGGGAGGCAUUUGCCCAUUAUCACACAAAUGCAGAUGGCACUAUCAACUUGUCUAAGGAUCAUUCAGUCGGGGGUUCAUAUUUGGGCUGUGAGCCAAUGGGACUCUUCUGGGGACUGCAGCCGGCUCCUGGUGCAAGAGAAGGUUUGAGGCUGAGGAAAAAAAACGUAGAGACUCCAUAUAAAAUGCUCUUGUCCUUAAUGGAGGGCCAUGUUUCACCGAGUAAGAGGCAAAGCAAUGAGCUGGCUGCAGUUAUUACUGAGCGCUGGUACAUGGCACCAGGCGUACGGAGAACAGAGAUUCGUCAGGAUGGAGUUGUGGGGACUUUGUUUUUACCGCCCGGACCGGGCCCAUUUCCAGCCAUGUUGGACCUGUGGGGAAUGGGUGGAGGACUGGUAGAGUACCGCUCCGCCCUUUUAGCAUCCAGGGGCUAUGCUAGCUUGUCCCUUGCCUACAUAGGGCACAAAGAUUUGCCUGGCUCACCAACGCAAAUCAAUGUUGGAGAUUCAUAUUUCGAAUCAGCAUUCCACUUACUCCAAGAUCAUCGUCAAGUGUGUGUCGACAGAAUUGGGAUCAUAGGUCUUUCCUUUGGAGUCUACCUGACUCUUCGAAUUGCCACCAAGGCUGUUGUCAAACCAGCCUGUUUGAUUUGCGUCAAUGGCCCAGUAGGAAGUACCGUCAAGUUCUCAGAUCCAGAUGGCAGAACUGAACGCCAAAGUGACCAGCAGUAUUGGACAUAUAAUGAUCAAGGCCACGUCAGUUUCAAAGACGUCUCCUUGCCUGCAAACCUUUUGCCUGAGAGCAAAGUGAAGAUUGAGCACCUCACCUGUCCAUUAAUGUACAUAGUGGGUGAAGAUGACCUGAGUGCUUCAAGUAUAGAGAGCGCAAACCUGAUUAAGGAGACCCUGAUGGCUGCAGGUAAGUCCCAGUUGUUCACCUGUUUGUCGUACCCUGGUGCCGGUCAUCUGAUUGAACCGCCUUACACACCAAAUUCAAGAGCUUUCCUGUGGAGCGUCAAACCACAAAAACUGGUCACCCUGUGGGGAGGUCACCCAGCACCCCACGCUGCUGCCCAGGAAGAUGCCUGGAAUAAGAUCCUGGAUUUUAUGCAACGUAAUCUGAGAUGGUGAACUGGUAAUU